UUCUACAUGAGAGGGGAGCCAAAUCGCCAAUGCCAACAAGUCAAAUAUCUAAACAACUAUCAAUAAUAUUCAUUGAGUAUGGCCCCCAUGAAUAUUCCAUCCUCAUCCCAUACAUUUCACACAAUUCAAAACUUACACAAAUCUUUUCAUUUGUCCAAAAAUUAAACGCUCCAAUUUUAUUUUCUACCAUUGUGAAAUGAGUACUUGUAUAGCAAAUCUCUUUAAGUAGAAGUUUAGAAUCAUUAAUUUGGUAAUUAAUCACCCUUUUGGUGUUUUCUUCUCCCACCUAUUUAACGCCCAAAACUUGCAAAACACAUUUGUUUCCUUUCUUUCAGUUUCAAUCUUCUUCCCCCUUUAUUGCCCUUUUAAGCUUAAAUACAGUGAACCUUUAUUUUUGUCCAAGAUCACAAAUUUCAGGCUCUUCUUCUCUUUUAUUGUAAGUAUAUGAGAUGGGUUUUUAAGGGUUUUUUUUUUUAUACAUUAAAGUUUGACUUUCUUUGAGUAAAUUGUUGGUUGAUUUAGUUUAUGAGAUUACUCAUUAUACUUGUUGAACUAAGAUUUCUGGGUCAAAAUUGGAACUACUUCUGGGUGUUUUAUUUAUUUGUUGUUGUGAUAAAUUUGGUUUCAGAUAGCUCUUGCUGUGUAUAAUAUGUGAAUUCAGAAAUUAGGGUUUAUAAGGUUUUGUAAUUAGUCUCUUUUGUGAUUAGUAAUUGGUAUGAGAUAAAUUCAUAUUGAUUUAUUUGUGUGUUUGUAUUGAGCACAUUGCUUUGAGUUUUGACAAUGAUGGAUAAAUCAAUCUAGUUAUUGGGUAGAUUUCAAGUGUUAGAUUUUGGAAGGUUGUGGUGGUGUUAGCUUAAUUUUGGUUGGAAGGUAGGAAAUUUGAAAAUUCAAGGGCCUUUAACAAAUGGGUUCUUCUGGAUUUCCUGUUAUUUGCCUUCUACACUCAGUAAUUGCUCUUAGUUGUGGAGCUAUGAUGAUGUUUUACACAAAAGAGAUCUCAGUAUUUGGUCAUGGUAAAGAAAUAACCAGCAAGCUUCAAGGAUCGACCCCACACGACGAGCUAUUGAUCCAAAUAUCAGAUUCAUUUUCUGGGUUGCUUAUGUUUGUGAUUGGGUUUAUUGUAUUCAUGGUAGCAUUUGUCAAGGACAACAAAUUUCAGGUCUUUUUUGCUAAAGGAUGUGUGCUCCUUCACCUUUUGAUGGCUGUUUGGAGGGUGUACUUCGAGAGGAAACUCGAGGAUCUUGCGCGUGAUUUACCUAGGCAAGUUCUUGGGGAUGUUGCAUUAGCACUUUCCUGGGUUUUCUUUCUUGUCUACUCGUGGCGAGAGAAGUAUGAUUGAGUUCAAUUGUGAUGGGUUUGUGCAAAGCAUUUGUGCUUUUACAAUGGAAAUUGUUGAAUACUACAACAAUGGUGUGCCUUUCAUGCUCUUUGGUGCUUUCUUCAGUGAUCCCAAGAAUCUGAUCUGAAGAUGAUCAUCUUGAACUGUCGAAUUCUUAGGCACAAGUAAAGGUCUACUUGUUGGGAAUGCAGAGCUCAAAGGCCACAUCCUGAAUAAACUUGUCUUUUUAAUAUUGUGAGUGAGACUAGAACCCUUUCCUGCAAUCCCGCAAAAAAAUUCUUCGUUGUUUAUCUUCAAUCUGCACAGCUUACAGUGUAAAUUUCUUUGAUAAUGAGACGUAUCAUUGUAAGUAUCUCUUGGUUGAUAUGCAAUUUUGUUUGAUUUUCUACA